AUUAAAAUUGAGAGUAAUUUCUUAUGUAAAACUGUUAAUUUUAAUAAGAAAAUAACUAUUUUUCAUCAAUUUUGUAUUGAUUUCAUUAAAUAAUUGAUUAGUUAAUCCGAAAUUUAACAAAUGAAAUAAAAAAAUAAACUCAUAUUUUAGAUUUUUUUGUUUGUUCUUAACACAAAUAAAGUAGCUUAUCUAUCCAUUUAAAAAAUAUAUAAAUAAAUAAAAUCCAGUGUGGACCUUGAGCACAAAUGUUUGCCCACCCCUGCUGUAGAGAAACUUUGUGUUAUGUCACUGGUCACGAGGCCCACGAUGCCACCUCUGCCCUCACUCACACUGCCAACCACAACACCCACAUGUCCAUCCCCCGCCCCCCCACUCCCCCUCCCCUUAUUCACCCACUCACCCAGACUCUGACAGCCUCGCUAGCCCCACCCGCCUCAGCCUCAGCUUGCCGGAUGGCGCCGAGGAGCAGCUAGACCGCCUGCAGCUGGUGGAGCUCGCCAAGAGCACGCCCAUGUCCCAGUGGAGGGCGGGCACCGUGCAGGCCUGGCUGGAGGUUGUCAUGGCGAUGCCCAUGUACAUACGCAGCUGCUCGGAGAACGUCAAGAGUGGCAAGGUGUUAUUGGGCCUAACGGAUGAAGACCUGGAGCUUGGUUUGAGCGUGACCAGUUUCAUGCACCGUCGUAAAUUGCGUCUGGCCAUUGAGGACUAUAGGGAGGCUGAGGAUGGAAGAGGGUUGUCCAAGGCUGCAGACAUGGACCACCACUGGGUUGCCAAGGCCUGGCUCAGCGACGUAGGCAUGCCUCAGUACUCACAGGCAUUUCACACCCACUUGGUGGACGGACGUAUGCUCCACUCCCUUACCCGCCGUGACCUCGAACGCCACCUCAACAUCUCCAAAAAGUUCCACCAGGUCAGCUUGCUGCUGGGCAUCGAGCUGCUACACUCGCUUAAUUUUGACAAGGACGCACUGCAGGCCCGCCGGAUACAGUGUGAGCACCAGAACAUGGAUCCUUUGGUUUGGACCUCCCACCGCCUCAUCAAAUGGCUUAAAGAAAUUGACCUCAAGGAAUAUGCGGAUGGAGUCGUUAGUAGCGGUGUCCAUGGAGCUGUCAUGGUACUGGAUCCCAGUUUCUCCAGUGAUACCUUGGCCACAACAAUGGGAAUUCCCAGCAGCAAGCACAUGGUUCGCAGACACCUCGAAGAAGAGCUGACAAAUCUGAUUGGCUUGGCCAGGGCAGAUGCCAAACAGGAGUUUGAGCGCUUAGUUUUGGGAACACCACCAACUCCUCUUCGCCAAAACUCCCCGAGCAGGUCGCCCGGCUCUGCGAGUCGACACGCUGAUGAUGAGGGAUCGCUGAGGAGGAGGGCUGUCAAGCCACCAACGGGGUUCAGCCCAAAGGCACGCAAUGGGCGGGACUUGAGCUACCACAGCAGCUACGGCUCGCUACCUCAUGAGGUCAGAGAGCAAACGCCUCCCAGGAUACAAGGGAGCCCCGUCAGGGCUUACGCCAACAUCGGGGUCACCAAUGUGUGAGGUUAUGGGAGUGCGACACGGCUACGCUGCGCACGGGGCAUGAAGAGGAAUCUUUUGACAACAGAUUGCACUUGUUUGUUCACGUGUCUGUUUAAAAGAAAACUGAGUCACAUUGAAUAUGUGAUGGUUUUAAAAAGAAUCAAAAUAUGGAGAACUGAAGCUUGUUGACCAUUUUUGUAUUUGUUGUUUAUCUGGAUUAAUGGGAUUUGUAUGAUGGAUUAGUAUUAAACAGGACACUGUCAAUGUAAAAUGAUUAUCAUACAUAUUUCUUUGCAGCUCUGCUGUUUGUAAAGCCUUGCCAAUGUAGCAAAUCUCAAAUAACAAAACAUGUUUGUUGAAUAUAGUUGUAUGUUUGAUUGUCACCUUCAUUUUGCCCACACACACACAGUUGUGUGACUACAAAAAGACUGCAAAAUGUGGAUGAAUGGUGAAGCUGUUUUCUUUUUUAAAUCAAAUACAUGUGAGCUGUUACUGUUUGUAUGCUGUGUUACAACCAGCAGGAAAUGGAGGUGAGACACACGUGCUAAACGUGACACUAAAUAGGAAUGAUGCAGCAUCCUAAAUCGAUGAUCUCAGAUGGACGAUGUAAUAAAAAUGACAAUGACAGGAUUUUAAAGAUAACUGACUUCUGACAUCUGUGGAUCCACAUUUGUAUUUUCUCUGUAUUCUUUAACAGGUGAUGGAAGGGCAUUACGGUUUCAACAAAUAAAAAAAAUGGUUCAUCCAUUUACGCUGCA